AUGUUAACUAAAAGUAAAGAGGAACAAAAAGCAUAUCAAACCAUAAUAACAGAAAAAUUAAGAGAAUUGUUAGGAGAGUAUGAAGUAGAUAUUUUGACAGAAUAUGUUUGGCAUAUGGCCGGGAACGCUAAAAGUAGCAAUGAAUUUAUGUGCAAUGAAUUGAAGGAUUUCUUAGGAGAUCACACCACCGUUUUUGUAGACUGGUUAAUGAAACUUAUAAGUGACAUAAAAAAACAAAAGAAAAGCGAUACUUAUUUGAAAAAUGAUAAAUCAAAUAAAUCAUCAAGUGUUAGAGAAAAACAACAUGAUGAAUAUUCAAAAUCGAACAGGAGUAGAGAUUCGAAAAAUAGGGUAUCAAGUGUACAUAACAAAAAAGGAGGGGAGGAUGAUUAUGAUAAAAGAAAUAUGUCUGAUACAAGACGACGAUCUAGGAGCCUUGCAAGCAGUAAAUAUUCAAAUGACGAUAUGUAUUUCUCAAAGAAUAGAAAUAAAAGAAGACAGAAGAGGGGCUUGAGUAUGAGAUCAUGUUCUUCCAGUUCUAGUACUAGAAAAAUUCAUUAUGAUAAAAAUAAAUCAAGAAAUAAAAGAAGUGACAGAGGUAAAGACAGUGAUAUGUUAAGAUUCAGAGAUAAAUAUAGACGAUUAGGAAGAAGUCAUAGUCACUCGUUUUCACCAAGUAGGGUCAUAUAUGUCGAAAACGGCCAAAGGAAAGAAAAGAAAAAUGAAUCACACCACGACAAUGUGCAAAAUAUGAAAGAUAUGACAUAUAAAAGAAUUAGUGAUAGCGCAGAUGAAUAUAAUAAUAGCGAAAAAAAAAACAAAGCCGUUUUAAAGCCGAAUCCUCGAUUUGUAGGAGAUAAUCCAAAUCCAUUCAUGCAACCUCCAACAAUUAUGAGCAACCAAGAUAUGUCAAGUUACAACAUGAGCAAUAUGACAAAUUUUUAUCAGGGAAAUUAUAUAGUUGGAACUAAAAACAUGAUGGAUAAUAAUAACAGUUUUAUAUCUAAUAAUAUGAACAAUAAUUUUGUUAAUUCAAGAUAUCAAAACAAUAAUCCACAAAAAAAUAUAAAAUUCUUACAGAAUAUAAAUAAUAAUGCAAGUGUAUCAUCAUCUGUUAAUUUUAUGAAUACCAAUAGAUUUAAUAAUAAUGUAAAUAAUAAUAAUUAUGUUUUUCAAAAAAAUAAUAUGAUUAAUAAUAAUAAUAAAAAUAAUGUAUCUGGUACUUGUCCUAUGGAUGAACAAAUAAACAACACACAAAAUUUUAUAAAACAAAAUAAUAAUAAUAUUAGAAAUCAACAAACGUUUUUUAACAACACGCAUAAUAUAAAUGAAUUGAAUGAAAAUAAUAUUAAUUCACAGCAGUAUUUUACACCUAAAGGUAAUAAACAACAAAUUUUUAAUACCAACAUUACGAAUAUAGAUAAACAAAUAAAACCACAACAACAAAUUCAACAAAAUGUUUCAAAUGUGCAAUCAACUGGAGAGCUUUUUAAUAAUAAUAUGCAAAAUGAUCAUAUUAAUGAUAAUAUGCAUAAUAAUGCUUUAAAUACGAAUGAAGAAGGAAAACAGCUAGUAGCUAACCAAGAAAAUGUAGUUGACCCAUCCAACGUUAUAAUAAAGAUACAAAAGAAAUGUCUUUACCUACCAAAUUGUCAAUUUGGAGAUAAAUGCCGAUACAUUCAUCCCGUUGAAAAUUGCCGAAACUGGCCCUAUUGUGCCUUUGGGUCGGAAUGUAUUUAUAUACAUCCAAAUGUUCCCUGCAAAUUU